ACGAAGACAGUGACUCUCGAGAGAAAUUUAAUCCCAUUGAAUCAAUAUUAAACUCAAGUGACCUUCAGACUCAUGUCUGCCAAAAUGACAGCAUAAAACCUCGAUAACAAACAGUCCUUUGAUCCGCUGUUGUGUAUAUCGUGCACUGACAGUGAGAAUCGACUCGCAAUUAUGCAAAUUAUGGUGUCAAAAGUAUAUAGAGUCAUUCUCUGUAAGAAUUCCCUUUCUACCGCGAUAAAGUCGGUCCUCAAUCCCCGAGGGACAAUUCGCUGCUCAUCGAUCGCCUCGUCCACAGUCGAGGAACGAAAAGUUAGAGUUAAGGAUGUAGAAAUUAAUUAUGCGAGGACUGGGACUGGAGAGCAUCCGGUUUUACUACUCCCUGGAGCUCUGGGUACCAUUUGGACUGACUUCAAGCCCCAAAUCGAGGGUCUAGACAAAAAUAAACUAACAAUAGUAGCGUGGGAUCCGCCCGGAUACGGAAAGUCAAGACCCCCAGACAGAAAAUACCCAGAUGAUUUUUUUCACAAAGACGCUGAUUAUGCUCAUGAGUUGAUGAAGGUUCUGGGGUUCCCCAGAUUUUCCCUCAUAGGAUGGAGCGACGGGGGCAUCACUUCACUCAUCCUCGGUGCGAAGAACCCCCAGAGCGUCCAAAAAAUGGUCCUCUUGGGAGCAAACGCCUACAUACUCCCUCACGAGUGCAAAACUUACGAAAGUAUCAAGAACAUCGAUACAUGGUCAGAGCGCAUGAAGGCGCCGCUAAUAGCCAUUUACGGUGAAGAUUACUUCAGAAAGACUUGGGCAGCGUGGGUUGAAGCGAUGAUUAAUAUUUUCGAGAAAUAUAAUGGUGACCUCUGUAAAGAUUCAGUAGCGAGGAUUCUGUGUCCUACGCUUAUAGUCCAUGGAAAAAAGGACGUUAUGGUUGAUGGAGAACAUCCGGAGUAUCUAAAGAGGCAUAUUUCAAAUUCUCAGCUCAAAAUAUUCGAAAAAGGAUCCCAUAAUCUACAUUUGAGAUACCACGAAGAGUUCAAUCAGCUGGUGACUGGAUUUCUCCUGGAGGAUCCUUGAAUCCUUCUUGUGCAAGAGCAGAAUCAGACUGCAGUUUAUAUGUAAUUUAUGGCAUAAUAAUCGCUAUAUUUUUUCUAUAAGUCCCGUCGCAUCUGCGACUGUCACUCUCUUCGAAUUGUGAAUAAAUGAAAAUGAUUGGA